ACACUCAAUAAUGAUGGAGAAGACGUGGAGCUUUCGUAUGAUUCUUUCUGUGGCCACUUGUGCCAUUGUUUUGUGUAUAAUGCUCGACGAAAAGACUUAUGGCGCUAGUGCAGAACCCGCUCCUCUACCGAUACGGAGACUUAGACCUAGACCGAGACCAAGACCAAGACCUAGACCGGCUUCUGGUAAAGCGUCGUCUACGAAAACCAAGACUUCAACUUCAAAACUUUCUGCUGGCCCUUCAUCACAGGAAUCAACAAAAUCUCCUGGAGAUGGCUCCUCUCCUGAAGCUACAGAAGCUUCGGGAUCUGCAGCGUCUUCUACACCAGCUGCAAGCCCUGGAACUUCUCUGCCUAACUUGGCUCGAAUGGGCGGAAUGAAUGCAAUGGGCGCAAUGAAUCCAAUGGCCGCAAUGACCGGAAUGUACGGCAUGCCUGGCAUGGCUGGCAUGUACGGAAUGCCUGGAAUGCUUGGAGCAGGUGGACUUAUGGGAUCUCUUGCAGGUUCCGCAGUUCCUCUCGCUCAAAGUGUGGGGAGCGCCAUUGGUGCUAUUCAAUCGGUUGCAAGCCGCCCCAACCAUCAGUCUGCAGCUGCUUAUCAAACUCCAUAUCAAGAUUACACUCAAAAUGGCCAAUCAGCGCAGCAACAGGCACCGCAACAGUUGCCGCAAGAGGCACCGCAACAGGUGCAGCAACAAGUACCGCAACAGGGGCAAGAAGCAACGCAACAGGUGCCGCAAGAGGUACCGCAACAGGUGCCGCAAGAGGUACCGCAACAGGUGCAAGAAGUGGUACCGCAACAGAUGCAGCAAGAUGGAGGCGCAGUUAAUCAAACCUCAUCGUAGGUUCUUCGACGAAGUUUUGGGGCAUGAAAAUUAGAAAUGUGCAAUAAAACACGCCGUUCAUGUCA